GCAGUUUUUGGGCAGUUUGUAACCCGUUCCAAAGCUUAGGAUUAUUGUGAUAGUUGAUCUACAGAUUGUAGUGAGCAUUUUGCACUCCUUUGUCUUCGCGACACUACUUUCGAUGGAUCAGUCAGAUGCUAACAAAGGACCAGAGUUACGGGUUUUAGCCUCGGAUUUUAAUCUGUACUUAAAACCCGUCUGUCGUGUCUGCCUAACGGUUCAGUUACCACAUCUCCACGACUCCUCAGGCCGAGUUAAGUCUUUCACUACGUGGGAAAUUAUCGAGAAGUUACGCCAGCUUUGUCCUAGCGUGCUCUCUACCCCCGCCCCUAUACGGUUUUCCAAAACUACCCUUGAGUUUGUCCGCUUUAUUGCAGAGGUUGAAUCUAAGGCUGAGGUGAAGCGUGUCGUUACCAGUUUGGACAGUCAAUAUAUCAAAUUAAGUGGAUUUCCUCAAAAUCUUCAUGUUCGUGCAAAUGAAGCACCUACCGAUUGUCCAAGACGCCAUGACUGGGAAGCAUUCUUUCGGGACGCUGAUAUGGACGAAACCCAACCUGGGGAGAGGCCGGAUACUAUAGUUAUUUCGGGUCUGCCUGUGCGAUGGUUCGCUCAGGUUGGACAGCUGUGCGGCUUUGACCCCAAGGAUCGUGGACCGUUGCCAGAUUACAAAGCCGAUCGCCCGUCUGCUUCUAUCGUUAAAUCAGUAUUCGAGACAUACGGACCCGUUCGGUAUGUUGACAUACCAAUGCUUGAUCCUGUGCAAAAUCCAAGUUAUCUCGACGAAUAUCUGGAUGAAAUCUACAACACUCGGGGUUCACGCAAACGGCUUUCACCAGAUGUGAUCCACCAAGCUGUUGACAAAGAGGAGACAAGUGGUUUUGGGAAAAUUGGACCGGACACCAUAUCUGUGAUUAAUGCCGAUGUGAACUCCGUUUCGAAGAUUUCAGAUAAUUUUGUCAGCGCCACACCGAGCUCUCUCUCUUCUGAAAAAAAUUUAAAGCCUACUCUCUCUCCGCUCACCUUUACUGCCUACGUUCAGUUUAAAGAUUAUACCUCAUUUACAAAGGCAAUGGAAGGCUUUCGUGGCCAAAAAUUAGUGUACGCCCCACGCCACAUGCCAAAACAGACGUUAUCUGAAGAUACCACCGGCGGAAGGUUAUACUUCACUGCUGAAAUCAAGAUCGACUUUGACCGGUCUAAGCACCUGUCGAGAUCAUCCAUCGAUGCACGUCGAGUGGAGCGGGAGCGGUUGGUGCAGGCUGCCAAACGUCGACGCGAAGAGGAGAGAGCAGCUGCGGAAGCGGAAGCCGAGCGACGGCGAUUGUUGGAGGACGCACGUAGAAAAACCGAGGAACGACGACGAGCCGAAGCGCUGGCUCUGGAAGCCGAACAAGAGGCUAAGCGCGCCGCCAAAGCAGAACGCAAGAAGCACCGGGCUAUCGAGCGCUGCAGGCGUGAGAGGGAAUCCUUGAUCAAACAGAAAAUCAUGCUUGACGAACGCCGCAGGCUACUCGCAGUCCGAAAAGCAGAAGCCAUCCGUUUGAUUACUUUUCUUAUCACCCGGGUCCAGCAACGCCAUGAUGCUCUGGUGUCCAGACGACGUGCAGUGCGGUUAGAAUGCGCUGAGCGAGCUGCGGCUGAAGCAGAAGCCUCCCUCUCAGAAACCCUUCGACAGAACUCCCAUCCACAUGAUCCUCCUGCUUCGACAAAUCAACCCACAGGUGUUUCGAGUCGACCGGUUGGUUUACCUGACCCAUCCGACUCUGCGGAAUCAUCCUCGGAUGAUGCCGAACUUGAGAAUCGAAGGAACGCAAUGUUGGAGCAACUGCUAAAGAAGAGGGAAGAACAUUUACGCGCUAUGCUACUCAAGAAACGGACAGAGGCCAUGUACAAACAGUCUGUCGGAUCCUCUUACAGCAAGCACAUAAAGUGCUCUACGGCAUCCCUUAGUAGGGGACGAACAAAUACGACCUCGUCUUCUGUGCUCCACUGAACUCCCGCGACUGCUACGGAUCAUGUAAAUUUAACAUCUAAUGUACAGUUUUUUCGUAUACAUUUUCUACCUGA